CGAAACCUAUGGGGAAGGAAUAAAAAAAGAAAUUCGGUAUCGUCGCACUCUGUGCCUAAAGACCAUCAUUUUCUGAAGAGCUCGCUGCUCCGGGGCCUCGUUAAAGACACCGAAAUUAGACGGCGGCGAGGGCGGAUUUUGAGUCAGCGUAAAGCCAUUGAAUUCGCUGAAGAAGACUGUGGCAACUGGCAGAUUUUCCGUUGGACGGUCUGUAGGCUAGGGUAUAGCGAGGGAGCCGCCAUGGCAGUCGGAUCAUUGAGCCUCCACAUCGGGAUAUGAAGAGGAGCUGCAUGUGUCCCGAAUCGUCAAGAAAACGCCGCAUAUACAAGUGAUCCGCACCGGAUCAGCACUCUUAACAUCUGAACUCACCCUUCUUCAUCUUUGUGAAAUUGAUUUCGCUUCCAGAAAGAUAUCGCAGUUGGUUUUAAUCGGGGGGCCACAGGGAGAGGCCAGAUUCAUGACUAUUUUAGUCGGAGACGUGUGUUCAAAGGCCCGCUGAAAGAAAACCUGGAAUAUACGGAAGAAAUGAUGCUUUGAUUGACUGCUGCUGGGAAAGAAAGGGUAGUUUAUUAGGUGAUACGAACUAAGUGUGAAGGAUUGUGGGAUAAAGGGAUCUCGUUCUGCCUGUCCGCCCUGUGAAUUACAGUGAUAUUCAUUUACUGGCAUCCUCUUUGGAUGAGAAGGGUCGGCGAAUCGAUCAGUCCUGCCGUUUAGCAAGUCACAGUCUCCCGAGUCGAGAGAAUCUAAGGGAUUGGAUCAUGUCGGGUCGGCCCAGGACCACAUCCUUCGCGGAGAGCUGCAAACCAGUGCCGCAGCCCUCUGCUUUCGGCAGCAUGAAAGUCAGCAGGGACAAGGAUGGAAGCAAGGUAACAACAGUUGUGGCCACUCCGGGCCAAGGCCCCGACCGGCCACAGGAGGUGAGCUACACGGACACGAAGGUUAUCGGCAACGGCUCGUUUGGCGUUGUCUACCAGGCUAAGCUCUGCGACUCCGGGGAGCUGGUUGCCAUCAAGAAGGUCCUGCAAGACAAGAGGUUUAAGAACCGUGAGCUGCAGAUCAUGAGGAAGUUGGACCACUGCAACAUAGUCCGCCUGCGCUACUUCUUCUACUCCAGUGGAGACAAGAAAGAUGAAGUGUAUCUGAAUCUGGUCCUGGACUACGUUCCUGAGACUGUGUACAGAGUGGCCAGACACUACAGCCGAGCCAAACAGACCCUGCCCAUGGUUUAUGUGAAGUUGUACAUGUACCAGCUGUUCAGGAGCCUGGCCUACAUCCAUUCGUUUGGGAUCUGCCAUCGGGACAUCAAACCCCAGAACCUGCUGCUGGAUCCAGAGACCGCUGUGCUCAAGCUCUGUGACUUUGGCAGUGCUAAGCAGCUGGUCCGUGGAGAGCCAAAUGUGUCCUACAUCUGCUCUCGCUACUACCGAGCCCCUGAGCUCAUUUUUGGUGCCACUGACUACACCUCCAGCAUAGAUGUGUGGUCAGCCGGCUGCGUACUGGCAGAGCUGUUGCUAGGGCAACCAAUUUUCCCUGGUGACAGUGGAGUGGAUCAGCUGGUUGAAAUUAUCAAGGUUCUCGGCACCCCAACCCGAGAGCAGAUCCGUGAGAUGAACCCCAACUACACUGAGUUCAAGUUCCCCCAGAUCAAGGCACAUCCUUGGACUAAGGUGAGUCAACAGGUGUUCCGGCCGCGCACGCCCCCGGAGGCCAUCGCCCUGUGCUCCCGCCUGCUGGAGUACACGCCCACGGCCCGCCUCACCCCUCUAGAGGCCUGUGCACACUCCUUCUUUGACGAGCUGCGCGACCCCAACGUCAAACUGCCCAACGGGAGAGAGAAGCCCUCCCUCUUCAACUUCACCACCCAGGAGUUAUCCAGUAAUCCCUCUUUGGCCUCCAUACUCAUCCCUGCCCACGCUCGCAGCCAGGCCGCCGCCUCUACCCCAACCAACGCCUCUGCCACCACAGACGGGAGCAGCACAGAGCGAGGUCCCAGCACCACCACCGCCUCUGCCUCGGCCUCUAACUCCACCUCCUGAGCCCACAGACCACCCGCCCCGCCCCAGUCUCAGCCCCAGCCCACGGCCUCUCCAUUGCCCCGGCCAGGGGGUGAGCUCUGCUCAGCUCUGCUCUGCCCUGCUCUCCUCCCUGACGGCAGCGGAGCGAUGCUGACGCAGUCCGGGUUCAACAGCUAGACAACAGCCCUACGUGACCACGACCACAAACCAAGCAUCCCUUUUCUGCCUCUUUUAUCCCCGACUGGCCCCUCCUCCAGCUGUUUGAACUCUACUCCAUCCUCCAUCAAAGACGUCUCUCCGUGCUCUUUCAGCGGGGAAGCAAUGCGCAGGGCCAAAGGUGUUGUCGACUGUACUAUUGAUAAAAGUACACUGUACAUGUAUACACAAUGCUAGCCUGCUAAUGUUUGUAAGAGGACAAUCUGUAGAAAAAAGUCCUAAGCUGUUUCCCCUUGGCCCUCUCCCCAACUCUUGUUGUCCUCCCGUGCAUCGUUCCAUGUUUCUGCAUCCUCAUCCUAUGUCCCCUGGCCCACCCCGCCCCCUCACCC